AUGGCGUUGAGCUCCGAGGGCCGGGCGCAGCCCCCGCCUCUCUCCUUUAUGGGGCUCUCACAGGCCGGCUGCAGCACCGUUCUCAUGUCGGUGCGGGUCUCCGUCUGCCACUCGGGUAUCAGACCGCUGUGUCUACCCGGGGCCGGGGACGAGUCGCUCCGGCUCCAACUGAGUAUGGAUCCGGGGAAGGCAGGGGAAUUCCGCCUAGCGCUGCGGGACACCAGUGGCGCCAGCACAGGCAGAAGCGUGUCCAUCGUGGAAUACAACCUGCGUGACAUCCGCUACGAGCUGAAGAGCAGCCGCUGUCACGAGCUGGCGCUGCUGGGACAGCCUGACGAGCGCAUGACCUUCAACUUCAGGGAUGAGAAGGAGGCUCAGGAGUGGUCGACCAUCAUCACCACCUCUGUGCGCGAGGUGCAGAGAGUGGCUGCGACCUCCUCAGGCGCCCCCCUGAAUAUGCCCCCCUCUCGGGCACAGGACCGCACGCUGCAGCAUGAACACGUGUUACCCAAAGCCUCUGCUGAAUUGCCCAGGACAGAGGAUCUGUCGGCCCAGCUGUCCCAAGCUAUCAAGGCCGGAGAGCUGCAGACGGCUUCCGAUUGUGCAAUGGCACUUGCUCGCCAGCAGGUGGCACUGUGCAUCCAGUUAAAAGAGAGCAACUACAUGGAGAGGGAGAUUAGUAUAAAGGUAGGGGUGGAAGAUGCUACAACUUCCUGUUGUGUCACAGUAAAAGUCUUCCCCUACAUGACCAUCUCCUCACUAAAACAGCAGGUGUUCCGUGACUACGGCUUCCACUCACGUGUGCAGCGCUGGGUUAUCGGGCAGAGCCUCUGUGUGGACAGUCGAACGCUGGCCUCCUACGGGGUGCGGCGUGACGGUGAUACUGCCUUUCUGUACCUGGUGUCGGCGCAGCAGGCACGGCUCUCUCGCCAGCGCUACGAAGAGGAGCAGGAGAUCACCAUGCUGUCUGCCGGGGAGCCCCUCAGCACCGGCAACCGACUGCCCCCACUGGACAGGAGGGGCUAUAGCACCCUGCCCACUAGACUGCCACAGAAUAGAGUUCCGGUGAGAGAUGGCGGGGCUGAGCGGAUGGGUGUUGGUGACAUCAGAGAGCUGAUCAACCUAGAGAUGCUUCAGCUGAACGAGGCUCUGAGUCUCAACCCAGCCAACAGAGCCCUCAGCUCCACAGUGCCAACUGGCCCUCAGACUGGCUGGUCUUGUCCUUCUUGCACCUACAUUAACAAGCCUACACGACCGGGCUGUGAAAUCUGCAGCCAUGACCGCCCCGUGGACUACGUGGUACCGGGGGGUUACCAGCCCGACGAGGAGGAGCUCUGGAGGAUCCAGCAGGAGAAGGAGGUAGUCUGGCAGUACCAGCAGGUUCGUGAGGCGCAGCGCAGGCUGAACUUCGAGACGCUGCUGCAGACUGACUCACAGGACCUGGUUCUGAACCAGCAGGGGGUGCAGUGUCGGAUCUGCUACCUGGAGCUGGGGCCGGGGGAGGGGGUGCUGCUGAGAGAGUGUCUGCACUGCUUCUGCAGAGAUUGCCUGCGAUCGGUGAUCAAUCUCAGUGAUGAUCCUGAAGUGUCGUGCCCCUAUCGUGACGAAGCGUACGCCUGUCACAGCAAGAUCCAGGAGCGCGAGAUCCGUGGACUGGUGUCUCCGGAGCAGUAUCGUUGUUACCUGGACCGUGGUCUUGCAGUGGCGGAGUCUUGCUCUGACAGCAGCUAUCACUGCGCUACUCCAGACUGCCGGGGCUGGUGCGAGUACGAGGACAGUGUCAACGAGUUCCCCUGCCCCAUCUGCAAAAAGCGCAACUGUCUGCUGUGCAAGGCAAUUCAUGAGGGGAUGAACUGUCGGCAGUACCAGGAUGACCUGCACUUCCGCGCCAUCAAUGACUCGGCUGCACGCAAAACUACUGAGAUGCUCAAUACCCUGGUCCAGACAGGUGAGGCCAUGCACUGCCCCAAGUGCAGAAUCAUCGUUCAGAAGAAGGAAGGCUGUGAUUGGAUACGCUGCACCGUGUGUCACACCGAGAUCUGCUGGAUCACCAAGGGACGGCGCUGGGGGUCGGGGGGCCCGGGAGACAUCAGUGGUGGGUGCCGGUGUAACGUCAACGGACAGAGGUGCCACCCACAGUGCCAGAACUGCCACUAGCGCCAUCUGUGCUGACUUCCGGUACUGCAAGGAGGGAGUGACGAUGGUUGGUAAAGACAGCUGGGUUCAGCUCAGGAAACGGAGACUGACAGUAUGCUGAAGUCCUCCUGCUCACUUCACUGCUAACCCACGCAGACAGCAACGCCAAGCAAUACCUCAGAAGAGCACAGUGGUGUUGGAGGGGUUUGGAAUCUGAUGUACUCACAUUUUUGUUUUGUUAGGUUUUGGCAUUUCUUUAGCGCUGUGAUAUGUGAAUACUAACCGUAACAAAUAUAUAAUAAUGUAACACUUGAGGCAUGCAUGCAGCAGCUUUCAUGUUAUAUUCUUUUAGAGCAAGCACAGUAGAAAGCUUUGGGAGGAACCGAAGUGUAAAACUGAUAUCCACAAUAGUGGGCUGCUCUGACCUUGAGUGGGUGAAAAUCAGCUGAUAUCUUACACAGCACCCUGUGCUACAUACGUUUUUUACAAUAUCUAGUUUAAUAAGAAUUAAACAGUAUAGCUAAUUGUAAUAUGUCAGCUUUUUCACGAUACAACAAGCCAUGUGAAACAACCAUCUGAAAUCUCUGUAUCUGGUAGCUUGUAUCGCAUCAAUGUCAGGGUCUACUAUACGUUACAGUACUAUACAGUGUUCACAGUGCUGGGUUGGUUGUUGGAUGUUUUUAAAAAGGUCUAGAAAUGUAAUUAAUCUCUUGUGAUUUGGAGCUUGGUAAUUGACAUGACAUCUGUCUGGUUUGCUGGUGCUCACUGUAAGUACCACUGUAAGAUACCCAUAAUAAAAGCAUAAGUGUAAUAAAGCAUAGGCAAGCAUAUUAAAGCAUAGCUAAGCAAUGUAAAGCACAGCGUGGUAUAGGAAAGCAUAUUACAAAAUACGACAAACCACGGUAGACUUGUAAAUGCAUAGUACAAUCAUGCAAAAACUGCAAAGGUACAGGUAGGCGGAGAGACAGAGAAAAAUCUGCUGUCAAGCAGGAGGUUUCAAGGUGAAAGGAGAUGAGAAACUGCAAACCUUUUUUGAUGAAAAGAAAAAGAGAGGUAGCAGAAUAUGCCGAUAGAGACCAUUUGAAUUCAAGAGGGAGAGAACAGGUGAGAAUGAGAGAGAAAAAAAGGCAGCAUCAUUUUAUAGGUAAUUUUUGGCUGUGUGUGGAUUUACCUGUUACCUGUAGGGUGUGCUUUCAUUAUUAUGAUCUCUCUUGCAGUUCUGUCUGUUCAAACUGCAUGGAAACUUUUCUGCUAGAGACACCCUACACACAAUGUAUAAAGUGCUACUCAGACUCAUGAACUCCUAUUAAACAAGCAUGAAAAUUAUUAUUAUUUUUUUUUUCUUCAUCAUUUUGUUGUAUGUUCUGAGUACUGGAUGACAUCUACUAUAUACACAAAUCCAUAUCAGUGGCUGGUUGAUUUCUUGUGUAUGAUUUAUAAUACGAAAUGCAUAUGAGCAUUGUAAUUGUGUAUAUGAACUCUAUAUAGAUUGGAACGCUGUACUCUCUCAAGGUUGAGAUGAACGGAGUGCAUAUCAGUGUUUCUGCCGCAGAGCUGAUAGGAGUCGGGUAGACAUUGAUUUCUGAUCAAUGCAAUGGACUAACAGAGUCUGCAGUUAGGAGAUGUGUAUGAAUGUAAUAAUCUAGACGGGUGCUGGUUAAGAGAUGGAGCAUGCUAAAUGACACCCCCAUUCACACUCUCUGUCUGUUGUUUAACAUGUUCAUAGUUGUGGGUCUCAUCAUCUCCACCUUUCUUAAAGUGCCUUAAAAACUGCCAAAAUACACUUGUGUGAUUCUCAAUGUAUGGUUCUGGAACUUGUCGGUCUCCUGCCCAAAGUUCAGGGGAGAUACAACUGUUGAGCUUUUAAAUAAAUAAAGAAAGAACAGAGCAAUAAAACGUUUUCAGUUUUUUACUCAGUGAAUAUAAGAUUUUUAAACACUUCUAUAUCCUUUGUUAAUUUUACUUUAUUCUGUUUGUGGUGGUAUAUCUAGGCAACCGCUGCAUGAAGUGUGAUGAAAUUUACCCAUCUGUAUUCUUGAAUUUUCUUGUGUUGCUCAUUCAAAAUUAACCCCUUAACUGCCGCAUUGCUUUUACCUCUGACCAUGUCAAUAAUACAGACCCCAUGCUUUUGGAUCUUUAUAGUUGGUAUGCCGCUGUAUUCUUAUGUUCACAAUAAAGUUCCAUUACAGGGGGUGUCCAGCGAACAUUAUCCUCGCUUUCAGACAGGGUCUUU